GUCCACGUUUAGGAACGAUGAGGACGAAUAAGCAUGUGAAGGAUUCAACAUAUAAGAGGUGAUGAGAUGAAGCUCCAUGAGAAGAUUUUGACCCAUUAUCUAUCGUGCACGUCUCCAGUAGAUAAAGAAGGAUAUCUCUACAAAAAGAAAGAGCGAAAUGCCAGCUACCAUCGGCGGUGGUUCGUCCUGAAAGCAAACCUGCUCUUCUACCAGGAGCGUCCGGCUGACCGGCACCUGCUGGGGGUCGUGGUGCUGGAGGGGUGCGCAGUGAGACGCUCCGAGUGUGAUGGACAGUUUGCCUUUUCCCUGGUGUUUGAAGGGCCCGGACUGAAAACGUACAGAUUUGCAGCAGUGGAUCGUCAGAGUCAUGAGAGCUGGGUGAAAGCUCUGCUGUCGGCCAGUCACUGUUACCUGUCCCUGCUGGUGAGAGACCUGAGCAGCCAGUAUGAAGAGGCUAAACAGCAGCAAUGCUCCAGUGAACCCCAUCUCCGCUCCUCUGCCCUCAAACCGUCCACGACCAGCUUCCUCUUCCCUGUGCAGGGGCAAACAGCAGCAGUGAGAGAGGGCAGAAGCUUCAGUGCCAGCAGUGUUUUACAAACACCUUCAGUACCCAACCCAAAAGUGGCAGCUAAAAAGUCCCCGAAACCUUGGUCCAGGAGAAACGCACUCGUCACGCCGCUCAAUGGGCCGGCGCCUUGCCAUGGUGAAUGGCCUUUGGUGGGUUUUGAUCCACUUGAGGACUUCAGCAAACUUCACGACUAUUACGGCCAAGAGGUGAGGAAAGCAAGAGAGGAAUGGCUGAGGAGUCGAGAGGUGGGAGAGGAUGGAGAUCUCAUCGACCUGGAGUGAAAAAGUAGAAGUGACAGUGAAGAAACUCUGAGAGGAACUGAGAUGUUUAUCAAAGACGAACCGAAAUCUCCAACUUCGAGUCGGAGUCUCUAAAGACACCUGUAGAUCUGCUCAGUAUUACGUUUCCCUUCAAUUUCAGAUUCAUUCUGGUUUGUCUGAGCAAAGAUGAAGCCUCAGAGUCCAUGGGAACAAACAGAAACAGUGUGAAGAUAAGUUUUCCUCACAGCAGUUUGACUUAUCACAGUUGGAAAAAGUUUAUUGUUGUCUGUUCUCAUCAAGUGUCAGCUUUUAACCACGACCAGGAUCUGAAAGUGAAACAUUUACAACAACAGUUGAAUACUCACAAGUG